GGCGCAGAGCGGGCGGCUCCGGGAGCAGCGCCGGGAAUUGCAGCGCCGGGAAUUGCAGCGGGAAUUGCGCCGGGAACCGCAGUCAUGCCGGGGCUGCUGCUGGGGGAUGAGGCGCCCAACUUCGAGGCGGACACCACGCAGGGUCGCAUCCGCUUCCACGACUUCCUGGGAGACUCGUGGGGCAUCCUGUUCUCCCACCCGCGGGACUUCACCCCCGUGUGCACCACGGAGCUGGGCCGGGCGGCCAAGCUGGCCUCCGAGUUCAGCAAGCGCAACGUGAAGAUGAUCGCGCUCUCCAUCGACAGCGUCCAGGACCACCUCUCCUGGUGCAAGGACAUCAAUGCCUACAACGGGGAACAGCCUGCAGAGAAGCUGCCCUUCCCCAUCAUUGCUGACAAGAACCGGGAGCUGGCUGUCAAGCUGGGCAUGCUGGACCCAGAUGAGCUGGACAAGGACGGGAUGCCCCUGACCGCCCGUGUGGUGUUCGUUUUUGGCCCGGAUAAGAAGCUGAAACUGUCUAUCCUGUACCCAGCCACCACCGGGAGGAACUUUGAUGAGAUCCUGAGAGUGGUGGACUCCCUGCAGCUCACAGCAUACAAGAAGGUCGCUACCCCUGUGGACUGGAAGCCCGGUGACAGCGUCAUGGUCGUGCCCACCUUACCUGACGAGGAAGCCAAGAAGCUCUUCCCCAAAGGAGUCUUCACCAAGGAGCUGCCGUCGGGCAAGAAGUACCUGCGCUACACCCCGCAGCCAGAGUGAGGCGUCUGUCCGUCUGUCUGUCUGUCCUGCUGGGAUGCCGGAGCCUUCCCGAGUCCAGCGCCCGCCCCUCUGACACCGCACGACCACGGCCUCGUCCAUCAGUGCCCGGCAGCACUGAACCAGCCCCCCUGUCCCUCCAGCCCAUCCCCUCUGAACCGUGCCCGGGUGUUUUCCUGCCUGCCAGGACACGAGCACACCCGUGGGGACUGCGGGGCUCCUGCUGUGCUGUCCUGCCGCCUGGUGACAGCCAUGAGAAGGGGUGUCCUGCUGGGACAGGGAGCUCUGGGGUCCCAAGCUGCUGCGUGCCUUUCAGAGCAGCCGUCUAACCUUUGGUCCUGUGAGUAGGGGAGGAGCUGCAGAGCCACAUCUCUCACCUCUUAACUGCUUUUUUGUCUCUUGCUGGAAGGUGAUGGUUUCCAGGUUUUGUGGAAGAGGGAAUCAAGCAAAUAAACUGACCUUCAGUACUA